ACGGAAUAGAAUAGGCUAGCGAGUAGGCGAGCACCAGUCAUACAGUGCAGGGGCUACAGCAAGUAGUCAUUUUGUAAAAGUAAUAGGUAUAAGCGCGCGCGAGCGCUACGUACGUCACAUGCGAAAAAAGAGCGCUGCAGGUCUCUGGACUCUACUCUAGUAUUCUAGCGCGAGACUGGCAGUGGCAACUGGCGAGUCUGGCAGUAUGGGUCUAUAGGCUGCAGAAAGCAGUAGAGGAGCAGAGCCGCGGCCGUAUUUACCGUGUAUGUACGGCAGUGUAUACAUAUAUAGCAGAUAAUUGAUAUAGCUGCCACUGCUGCUAGUCGGCUCGCGUCCCGAAACUCCCGAACAAGAUACUGACUGACCGUGACUACUGUCGUCGCCGAGUGUUCACACUUUCACAGUGGUAGUAGUAGCUCAAUUUUGGCUCUGGUGUUUGCAUGCAUAUGUAGGAGACAGGAUGAUUUGCCUCGAGUCGAGAUUCUGGCUGGAUAGAUCAAAAUUGGAAUUAUUCACCUACUAAAUCAUUUGAAAGUUUCCGCCAAGUUCUUGGAAGCUAAAUUACUGCUUCUCCAAAAUUCCAUCCGUUUGGGACUAUUGGACAAUUCAGCUUGGUGCGUGUACACGAUCUCUGCAGCAAAAUGAACAUUCAGGCUCUGCAAAUUGUUCUGGAUAGCAACUCAGUGCCAGGAGCAUCGGUGCCUGUUGAUUUGUUGAAGGUGGCUCGUAGUAUCAUCCAGAAGCAGCGCAAUCGUAAUGGCAAGGGACAAAUGCUCUCCAAUGCUAAAUUGCGUCUAGUGCUAGAUGGAGAAUGUUGUCUUGAUAGACUUUACGGUGGCUACUUUUCAGACUGGGCCUGUGGUGGACAAUGGAAUCGAAUGAUACAGUUCCUUGAAGUCUUUAUACAAGCCAGUAAAGCAGCUGGUCUAGAAUUGGCUGUAUUUUUUAAUGGUUCUCAAGAAUCUCUAAGACGGGCAGAGUGGAUUCAAAAUCAAUUGAGUGCUCGACAAAAAGUUAACAAUGUAUUGAAGCACAUAGCGACCAAGGGGACACCCCCACCAAAAAUUUGGUGGAUUCCUCCCGCAUGCUUAAGAACAAGUUUACGAAUGGCUCUUAGACAUUUAAAUGUCACAGUUAUAAGUAGUACAGAUGAUCAUCAUCAAGAAGUAAUUGCUUUUUGUCGAGAAAGUAGUUAUCAUGGUCUAAUUGCUGACGAUGCAGAAUAUGCAGUUUUUGAUCCUCCAAGGUAUUUUUCAUCAGAACAACUAAAAUUGACAUACAAGGGGUCCCUUGAUACAAAAGAGUAUUUGACUAGUGAACUUUUAAAAGGAUUAAAUCUUCAACCAGAAAGGUUGUGCAUCUUAGCAGCAUUGCUUGGAAAUCAUAUAUUAACAGAAUCCGAUUUGGCUGACUUUUACAAAAAAAUUAAUCCAAAUCCUAAUAAAAUAAAUGUGGAUCAAUCUAUAAGAGCAAUAGCAAACUUUGUCAAAGAUUUGCCUUCAAUUGAACUUGAUGAUGUGGCACAACAAGUAUUUGGCUCUCCAACUGAUCCAAAAUGUUCAAUUUUCAAACAAUCAGUACAAUAUUAUGUCAAUGGAACAAAAGAUGGCUUUUUACAUUACAAGCCAAUAAAACCAACCAAAGAUGAAGUUCAAAAUGAUCAAAUUCAGUCAACCACUUCUGAUGUACCUUCGACUACUGAAGAUGAAACGACGAAUAUGUCAACAUCGCGUUUUGCAUCUGAAACAGCUGAAAGUGAACAAGAAAGUUUGAACGUGUAUAAAGAGGCUACUGCAAAUGCCAAAGCUGCACCUCAGAUUGUUAUUGAACCACCUGCUUCUGGUGUACAAGGUUCUGCCGAUGAUGCCAAUAAUAGCCGGACUGAAGAAGAGCAAAGUAACGGGCAUUCAACGGUUAAUGGCACUCACAAUCUUUUAAUCAGCUCGUCUAGUUCAAGUAGUAGCUCUUCAGCAACUUCACCUUCUCACAUAAAUGUAGAACAAAUUAAAGAAACGGACAAGUCUACUACAAUACCAAUCACUGUACCAGAAGUAAUGCGCACGGCUUCAGAAAGGCAUCAGAAAGGAUUAAUGUCUCCUUACAUUUAUCAGAUACUUGCAAAUGGUGAAAUCAAGUUACCGGUAUUGCUAGAAGAUGAAAAUAAUAAGGAGUUUUCAUCGAUUCAUGUUAUAUAUAGACCAGUCAGACAAAUGGUCUAUGCUAUUUUGUUUAACUUACAUCAUCGUUUAUAUUUAGCUACUAAAAGUAAAGAGAAAGGAGAAACAGACAAAAUCGAAGUGUCAGACGUUAUUGUCAAAGAAUGGGUUUGGUCUAAAUCAAAUCCAUUCCAAACGCCGGAGUUAGUCAAAGCUGAACAAAUAGGUUGGGGUGUUCCAACAAUUCAACGAUUGUGGUUUGGUACUGGCAUCGAUGAUAAGAGGCGUCGCCUAAGAGGAUUUUUAACAUGCAUGAGGUCUGAUACUCCACUCAUGCUGAAUACUGCCUAUGUGCCGCAACAUUUAUUGGUUAUGGCUUGUGUAUUGAGAUACAUCAUGACAUUUUCUGACAAAACAAAAAUAUUACGACGACAGGAACUAGAUGCCUUUAUUGUUCAAGCAUUUUCACCAGAACUGAUGAAUGCUCAAUAUCUACAAGACUUGCAGAUAUCUCUUGUAACUACUCGAGGAGUGCAAUUAGCCAGUCUUUUUAUGGCUGGCGUAGAGACAGCCCUCUUAGCGAAUGAUGCAUGCGGAGCACCCAUUCCAUGGUUAAUGUGUUGUCCUUGGUUGUACUUUGAUGGAAAGCUCUUCCAUCAUACUUUAGCACGUGCGACUGUUGCUAAAAAUCUAUUGGACCUAUGUGGUGGCAAUAUUGAUCGUGACCUCAAAGUUGAAAGAAUGCGCAAAGCUAUUCUCGAAGGAGUCAACGUUGUUUUUGCUCGACCGUUGCCUCCUAUUACUCAAGGAAUUCGAAUUGCUCCACCACAGGCGAUACCACCAGCAGGCUGCCCAAUAACACCUGAUGGUUUGAUGCGCAGUAGAGGUGGUGCCGUUGUUGGUGCACCCCAGCGCAGCCUCAUGCGACGACCUAUUCCGUCUCGAGGAGGUCAGCUUGAAAUCGCUGGUGUGGUCGUCGGUUCGUGGGGCCCAAACUUUGGUCAACCUGGCAGAAUCCCUCAACCACUCCAAGGAGGGCCCCAAAGACGUAUUCCACCACAGGUGACGUCAAUUGGCGGACCAAAGUACAAUCUUCGACCACUCAAUACACUUGGUGUUCGUCCCAACGUUUCAAUGACACGAGGCAACGGACGCACGCAAGCUCCCAGUCGUGGCGGCAAGAAGACGCAAAUGAAGGUUACUUCAAAAAAGAUGGAUACUUUUAAAAAAGCAAAUUAUUAUGAAAUGAAAAAUGGCGCAGGGAGAAAAGCUAGCAACGCCGUUACUAGUGGACUUUCGAAUACGUUUGCAAAUCUUAAAUUGACCAAGGAAGUCCUUAAAAUACAAGAUCAAUUCAAUGUUUCGGAAAACGGUAAGGGCGUCGUGAAUGGUCAAGGUGACGCGUUUAAAAACGCCGCUCACCUAGUAGAAAAUGAUUAGUUGAUAACACAUUUUAAUGAAAAAGUGAGAGAAAAGAAACACGAAAAAAGAAAAAAUUAUACUCCCGAACGUGACUCAAGACUGUAACCAAUCUAGUUGGUGUGUUAGCUGAACCGUUGGUCAAUUUCCCGUAUCUUACGAUUUUAGCUUUAAAAGCCUACCGGAGAUGAGCAUAGAUAGUUUGUAAUAGAGAGCAAAUUACGAGUUUAACGGUUCAGUAUACAUAAUUACUGACUACGGUGGGGCCAAAACGUAAUAGAAACAAAAAGAAAACUGUAGCGCUAUCACGGAUGAGGCGCAAAAUUUAAGUUUACUGUCAACUAACACAACACGUGUCCUCACUGCCAAAAAGUACCACACUCUAAAAAAAAUUCAACAGUAAGAGUUUGAAGUAAAAAAUUAAAGAUAGAAAAACAGAAAAUAAUGAAAGUCAUGCUUAUGCUGAUGGGGCUGCUCCGUUUGCACCAUCGUGGAAAUGUACUCCGACUGAUUAGGGUAUGCAUGCACUAAUUUUACCAGCAAGAACGAGUCGUCAACGCUAUAGAUGAUUAAUUAACUUAAGGAGCGUGAUUAUUUUUUUUACGAUGAAAAUAUAUAUUUUCCGGUAUUAUAUGAAAUGCUCACAUCGGUCGUUUCGACAGCCCAUUCCAAAAUACUCGUGCUUUUGUGUCUUAAACUCAACGCAUAAAGCGGAAGUCGCGAAUUAACGAUUUCAAUGCGGGACGGACUGUCGAGUACAGAUCCGAGCGCAUGGAGACUGAUGCUUUUCAUAUAAGUGAAAUAUAUAUAUUUAUACAUGAUUUAGGUUAGAGUUCUCGUAGAUAUACUGUACGUAAGUUAUAUGCGUUCGUAUAAAAGCUAUACGUAGCGCAAACUGAAACUAAUCCUCUCGUGGAGAUGAAUGAAAUUGUAUGACGAAAAUGCUGUCUUAAUCUUUAUUCUUUUUAAGAAACUUGUCGAGUCAGAAAAAGGAAGAAAGCGAGAGCUAGCAAACGAGUGAGUGAAGACAACUGUAUAUAAAGACGAUGUGAUUAUAGUUUUAUAUACGUAUGCAUGAUUAUGUACGUAUAAGGUACGUGAGCGCGCGCGGGCCGCGCCUAACAACUAAUAUGUCCAUCAAGUACGAUAAUUGAUACAGAAUUGAUUCUUAAAGGAAAUCGAUCAUGUUGCGUUUAAAUAAGCUAAAGCGAGAACGUGUCGCGGACGCGGUCCGCGCGCACGGGCAAGUCCUGAAGUAUAGAUGAAUACAUAUAGGAUAUACACAUAAUAAUAUAUUUAUUUGCAUUUGCGUUCGGGAUUUUAUGAAUGAAUGUUGGUGUAAAAGAAAGGCUGCUGCUUGUUAUGUAUGUGCGUUUACGUUGCGGAAGCUGAACGUAUAACGAAUUUUGCCACAAGUUGAUUUGGUUAUGUAAACUGGACGAUUAUUUGCUUUCGGCGUGUAUUUCUCAGUAUAUUACGGCUUACCAUUUAUUUUUUCAUAAAUUUUUGUAUACUAAUUCUUCUAAUGAAGCAACUUUACUUAAGAUUGCUUGAUGGACGUUGUGUAUUACACACGAGUAAACGUCAUUUUUUCAUAUUUUUUUAACAGCACUUUUCGUGUUAGUUCAGCGAUCCAUAAUUGUUGUACAUACAUUAAAGGCAAGCGCAAGGUAGUAAUGAAACGAUCAAUGUAUAUAUAACAUGCUCUUGGGUGUGUUGAUCACGCACCAAGUUUAUAAAUGAAAUAUGAUUAUGUUGAUGAAUUUAAUUUAACAUAAAAGUAGCCAAAAUAGUUUGGCAAAAAGUCAUCAUCGCUAUAUCGCAAAGCACUCUUUUUAUAUUGACAAAAAUAAAGGCCGGUGAAGAUGAGUAAAAAGCAAAAAGGAUAAAAAGAUAAUAUAAUGACAACAUUAUAAACACGAUUUGAUGGAAUAAAGGAUUUAAUUACAGGAUAGAAAAAUGUGGUGCGUUGAGAAAAUACGAAAAAUAAACAUUUAUUGGAUUAAUAUAAUGAAAGAUGUCAAGUACAGAAAGACAGAGACAAUGCUAUAUUUUUGUAGAUCUGUUAUCGCGACUAAAUGCAUUAAGACAAUGAAAAAAUGUAUAAAAUAAAAAAUCUAGUAAAUGACGUUAGCUCGCGAAUUUGAAAUAUAAAAGAUUUAAGGUCAAGAAAACCGAAUAAAGCUGAUAUAAACA